AUGUUUACACCAUACACUGUGCCUCUCGCCGCCACAACUUCCAGGCACUGGUCGAAAAGUGCAUUCAUCGUCCAGCUAAGAUACGGCUGCGAUAGCCCUUCCUGUACAACAUCAUCCUGCCUUUCAUGUAGGAAACGAAUCGCUGGGAAAGCGCCUAUCCGACGUUACAACCCGACAAGUGCGAGAACGCUAGCCGUCUAUCUUGCCAGCCAAGACAAUCCUGAAAAUGCCCUUUGCCCUUAUGUCCGAAUCGGAAAGGACACCCCGGUGUCUGGUCCUAGUUCGCUCGUUUUUACACCUGUCCACUUGCCCCAAAACGCCGUCGAUUCCAAGAGAACGGGACGAAGGCUUUCCAACACCUUAAACGAUGAUGCCAAUGGGGAGUGUCCUUCAGGAACACCGCAUCAUGAGCCUUCAACCAGUUGCCGGCGGGUUGCUACCUUUGAAGUCUCCGAACAACCUGUGCGGUAUGACCACCGAUCUUUUGCGGCCAACGUGUUUGGGACAGCGGCCUUCAAGAUGCUGGAGUGGUUGGCGCCACAAGGCUUUGAAGGUCUUACGAAAAAGGCUCAGGCUAUGUCUAUAUCGACUCCUACUACUGCCGAUAACGAACCGGGCGUGGAACAUGGUGAGCCGCCAACGCGUGCCCUCUCUCGACAGGGCGAGGAUUCUGGCACGGUCAUCUCGCAACCACGGAAUGAGAAGGCCGGUCCCAAGGAGGAUGGGACUGCUGGACAAUCCUUGCUUGGUGGCGGACAAGAUCCUACGGAUGAGCAGAUGACAUCACCAGAGGACUCUGCCGAAGAGGACGUCACCGAUUCCCAUUCGAGCGAAGAUGACUUUGGGGAUGGUCGAUUGUGCGCACGCCUAGCCGCCGCGAAGACCCCAAAGGACAGUAGAAAACCGGUGGUGGAAGUCGAUGACGAUGGUAAGGAAGGCGACACGGAAACAUCCAUGAUCGACGCGGCACUACUCCCUCAAACCCUUGGCCGCCUCAACCUUGAGAUUAUCGAAUUCUUGUUUAGUGUCCUACGUGAGGAUUCUACCUCUGAGUUACCUUUAGUUCCGGCACGAGGUAACUCGUGGCAACUCCAGGCUGGUAAAUACAGACGAAUGCCUGUUGCGCCUCAUCCUUACCCGAUGUCGAUGAAGAUCGAGUGGAAGCGAUUUGUUGAACAAAGCGUCUUCUACGUGAUGAGCGAUCCGCACUCAUUGGUCCGAUCCUUUACGCAAGACGGGAAGCUGGUCGACUCACGCAAUCUCUGGCGGUGCAUGGUGCGGCUAACUGAUUCAACGCCCAGUCUCGUCUUCCAUAGCCUCUGGAUUUCCAUUUCCGGCCUCUUCAUCCUCCCCAAGCACCUUCAGCCUGCUCAGCUCGCAGGGGAAGAGGGCCGUGAGGAAUUACAGGAGUCUAACGUCUUGAACCCGCUGCUCAAUCAAAUGGACUUUCUUAACUCGGAUACCGAAAUCGGCCAAGAUUCAUCACCCAUGCCACAGGCUUUACCGAUCCUGCUACUGGAUUGGGCUCGUGCCGUUAUCAUGCAAGAGUGGGACGGCCAUGCUGUAUUCAACCCGGAUAGCGCAUUUGGAGGCGCGGUGCUGUUCAUUGAAGCAAUGUGUAGGUAUGAACGGCGGCAAGAACUUCUUCUAGCCGAUGUUAACUUCCGCCUCGACUAUGUCGCAGACCGCCUUGAUUCGGCGACUGUACCGGUGGAUUGGCUCACUUUUGAGGCGUCCCGGAAAAGCCAGCAUCUGCUUGAUCGACCCUUUCUCUUUAACCCGUCGCAUCUCGUUAACUACUUCCGUGCGGUAAAUUUAGCGCGUAUGAGCCGCAGUUACGAGGAGCCGAGCUCGGUUUACGAAAGGGUCCGACGCCUCGUUACUGACGGGCUUGUCACCCAUGCUCACCGCAAGCUCAUGCAGGACAUGCUGCGAAGGACAACCUCGAAAUAUCUGAUACUCAAUGUCAGCCGCAACACGGAGCUUGUUCGUCCGCUCAAAGUUCAUCUUGGCGAAGACAGCGGCGAAGAGGGGUUUGAUCUUGGUGGCGUUCAGCAAGAAUUCUUCAAGUUGGCUUUCGCCCAGAUUUUUGACCCAAAUUAUGGCGCCUUCCAGGUCGACGACCGGACCAGGAUGGCCUGGUUUGUCCCAGGCUCCUUGUUAGAGACCUGGAAAUACGAACUCAUUGGUGUUCUUUUCUCCCUCGCCGUGUAUAACGGCAUAACUCUCCCAGUCACCCUUCCGAAGGCUUUCUACCGACGGCUUCUUGGCGAACCCGUGGAUGAGCUCCACCAUAUUGCGGAUGGCUGGCCCGAUCUCGCCAGCGGCUUGACAACUCUUCUAGAGUGGGACGAAAAAGAUGGCUCGGUCGAGGAUGUGUUCGCGCGCACGUACGAGUUCUCGAUCGAAGUGUUUGACGCGCCUGUUUCCCGAAAUAUGCAAGCGGCCCCCGGUGAAGCGUGGCCCCGUGUAGCGGUUCCUUCAGAUUCAUCGGCACCUACGGCGUUCGAUCAGAACCCCACAGAUGCCCCCAUGGUGACUUAUGAUAAUCGAAGCGCCUACGUCAGCGAUUAUAUCAAGUAUCUAACCGACAUCUCCGUUCGCCCCCAGUACGAGGCCUUUGAGCGGGGCUUCAAGGCCUGUCUCACCUCCAAAUCCCUCAAUAUCCUAAACUCCACGAUUCUCCAGUCCAUUGUGGAAGGUAUGCAGGAGAUUGACCUCUCCGAACUCAAGCGAUAUACCCGAUAUAACGGUUGGGACGCUUCACACUCUACUAUCAAAGACUUUUGGAGUAUCGUCAAACGCUACGAUGAACCAAUGAAACGGCGUCUCCUCGAAUUCGUCACAGCAUCGGACCGCGUUCCGGUUGGAGGAAUGCAGAAUAUACAGUUCGUCAUUCAGCGCAACGGCGAGGAAGGGCCCCUGGGCCGCCUCCCCACCGCAUAUACGUGCUACGGCACAUUACUUUUGCCAGAGUACCAAGAUAAGGAGGUCCUCAAGGAACGCAUGGGCAUGGCUUUGCAGAACGCGCAAGGCUUUGGUUUUGGCUAA